UCAAGGACUCCGCUCCGAGCUGGCGGAAGACACGACCGGAAGGGGCGGGCACUGCGCCCGGCGGGUCUUUCGCACCAUGGCUUCUCGUGGCGUCGUUGGCAUUUUCUUGCUCUCUGCUCUCCCUCUCUUGUGUCUGGAGCUCCGGCGCGGGAUCCCGAGUCUCGGGAUUAAAGAUCUCAUUUUGCUGAGUGGCCGGAUAUUCCUCCUGCUUGCGCUGCUCACCUUGAUCAUUUCCGUGACCACCUCCCUGUUUAACUCCUUUAAAUCUCCCCAAGUUCAUCUGAAAGAAGGAGAAGAAGAGAACGAGAAAAGGCAAAGGCUGGUGAGGAAAAGGCAACAAGAAGCCCAGGGUGAGAAGGCCAGCAGCUAUAUACAGAAUGUUUUGAAGCCUCAGCAGGAAAGGAAAUUGAAAAUACUAGAAGAGCGCCUUUAUCAAAUGACGGGUGAGACCCGGAAAUUAACCACUGGCCACAAACUUGAGGGGAAUGAAGAUUUGGUGCUUGAAAAUGUGAGCCAGGUGUCUUUUGAAACAACAAACCGAGAGGCGGCGAGAAAACGGAACUUGCCUAAGCUUUCAACUGAAAUGUCACCACCUGCUCGGCAGCCCUUGAAGGAGGUUCUCGAUUUACCUGAUGAACCGCCAGAAGCAGCUGAAGAGGUAGUUACUGUUGCCCUUCGAUGCCCAAGUGGCCAUGUUGUGAGGAGAAGAUUCUUCAAGUCUUGGAAUUCACAGGUCUUAUUUGACUGGAUGAUGAAAAUUGGGUACCACAAAUCCCUAUACAGCCUUUCCACUUCCUUUCCCCGAAGGCCUCUAGUAGCGGAGGGAAGCUUGUCACUGGAGGACAUAGGAAUAACCGUGGAUACUGUACUUAAUGUGGAGGAGAAAGAGCAGAGCAAUCAGUAAAGAGAUCAGGAGUACCUGCUGACCCUAACCAGGACAGUGUUCACAUUAAAGCCACGCUGUACCUUGAGCUCCUCUUGUCCACAGGAGCUUGCCCACACCCACAUACGGUGGUCGAGCAUGGCUUUGCAUGUAGUGGUUUGUGGACUGUGUCAUGCUACAAUGUGUCCAAGUAAAAAUAAGGUAAAAAGGACAUGUAAGACAGACAUCUGGAGCCGGGCGUGGUGACACAUGCUGGAAUCCCGGAAUUUGAGUUAAUUAGACCAUCUUCAAACCAAACCACCUCUAGGUUAUGUGAGAACUGUGAUUUCUGCUUGAGUCCACCUUACCCACAGUAUCUCAAUUCAGUUGAACCUUCUAAGUAGGACUGUUGAUUCUACUGUAUUACUAAACAUUUAAAGAUUCUAGAGGCAGCUGAUCCUGUAUAAUUUUGACUUAAAUCUGGGCAUGAAGUUUUUGACAUGAACUUUGGGGGAACAUACUGAAACUAGAGUAAACAAGGCCAUCGUUGGUAGGUGCAUUUAGAAUGUGAGGUGUUGUUUUUGUAUGUACUGAUACCUUAGAGCACUGCCUCUCCACCUGGGGGACUUGUAGGGGUGUCAAAUAACCCUUUCACCAGUGUCUGCUAAGACACACGUCAGAUAUUUACAUUGUGAUUUGUAAUAGUAGCAAAAUUAGUUAUCAAGUAGCAACAAGAAUAAUUUUAUGGUUGGGGGUCACAAGGAUCACAGUAUUAGGAAGGAUUCUCUGCCUUAAGAGCCUGUCUUAAGCUGUCUUUUUAAAUUAAUGUUUUGAUGACAGGGUUUCAAGUAGAGCCCAGGUUGGCCUUGAACUCUGCUGAUCCUCCUGUCUCCCUUUCUAAGUGCUGGGAUUAUAGGCCCAGACCACUGCACUGUUUAUGAAGUAGUAGUAUUGUCCCUUGAGCUCCAUUAUGCCCAGCAAAUACUCUAUUCCAACUGAGCUACAUCCCAGCUUCCUUAUUUCCAAACUGUCCACUCAAGUCCCUACUUCUGCUGUUAUUAUCUUAAAAACACUGUACAGAGAGAUUUAAAGCAACCCCCAGAGCUGGUAUUAUGACCUUGGAGUAGUUGCAUCGCUACUGCUACUAAAUUCAGGUCAAUUAUUCUUGUUUCUAGGUGAAAGGAGCCAACUUAUCUCAGCUUUUAAAGUUUGUUUUAUUUAGUCUUUUUUUUUUUUUUUUUAAGUUCUCUGUGUGUACAGCCUUGGCAGUCCUGGACUCACUUUGUAGACUAGGCUGGUCUCAAACUCACAGCGAUCGGCCUUAGUCUAUUAGUCAUUAAAGCAGACAAUCCAAGUUUUGUAUUUAAAAAUUAUUAUUAAAUUAAUACAGACCACUCAAUGUAAAAAAUGGCUUCUUAAUGGUCUAAAAGUUAUCAGCAAGUAUUUGGGCUUUGUUCUGUUUGAGUGUAAACUAUGAACAUUACUUCUGUAGGCGUAUGCGCACAUACCCUGGAAUUGAAUGUGAGGCCUGAGUGAGCCACUUUGGCAGAGUUAGUCCCCAGCCCCUCAACACACCAUGCAUGUAUUACCAGUACAGCUGCUUAUUUUUAUUACACUUCAGGUAUUUGUGGCCUGGCAAGGUACCCACACCUGUAAUCCUAGCAGAGGAGGCAGAGUCAUGAGAAGGAGUUCCAGGUCAUUUGGGGCUACAUGGGACCACCUCAAAAGCCAAAAGUGAGCAAAAAAC